AUGCCCGCAACUCUUGCCCGCAGUGCCUGUUUAUUCUGGCUAAGCAAGCGCAUCCUCAUACAACCGCAACUUGACACCUUUACAGUCCUUGAAACACUGCCUGAUGAUGAAGAUUCUAAAAUCUCAUCCCAAGAGCAAGCACAAGCUCAGUCAAACUCGGACGCUAAUGCUGCCGCUGCAGCAGCUGCAGCUGCUGCAAAGGAAGCGGCCGAGGCUGCCACAAUGGCGAAAAUGGAUCUGUACUGGCAGUUCAUUAAGGGUAUGCUUACGAAUCAAGGUGCUAUGCCUCUACAGCGUAUUGUCAUGAUGUUAAAAAUAGCUGUUCCUGGGGGAUUCCCCUUUAGCAGUGAGGAGCUUAAACAGUUCAUGGGAAAGAUGGUUUCAAACGGGGACCUUGAGAUGGUCAGCGGCGGAAACUAUAAGAUUGUAUGA